GUGCAGAGGGAUGCAGAGAAAAUAAACAGGACGAAGAAGACAUCGUUGUCCAGGAAGCACAAAGAAGAGGAACGCGUCGGUGCACGUAUCCAUCCAGCAGAAACUGUCUCGAUGGGGAAAGAGAAAGCAUCGGGUUUAGAUAGCAUCGGAUCACAUAGCAGAAGGAAGAUGACCAGGGUAACGCGGAAAAAUUUCGAGGGAGACAGAUAGAGGAAGAGUGGCGAAACGUAUAGUCGGACCAACGCAGGGGGGUUGGAGGAAAGAGAAGGGUAGGGGAGUGGGUGCGAGGACGUACGGUGUAAAAGGUAAGCAGCGCGUGAAGCGCGUGCGCUCGCUAGGUCCGCCUGAUGCGACUGGGGGCCACGCGGUUAGGGGGCAAUCGCAUGGGGUUAGGGGACAGACGAGAGGAGCGGUGUUUAACAGUCAGAGGGAGGAUCAAGCAGAACGAGGAAGCGAGAAAGCGAGGAAGUGAGCGGUGGUACACGGACCUGGUCGGGAAGAGGACGGGACGAUCCCGUUCGCGGCGCGAAUAGUUGAGACGGAUAGAGAUAGGAGAGCCGUGACAGUCCGAUGGACGAGGAGGCGAGGAUCGAGAGAUCCUUGCCGCCCGGCUAUGAGGUUUGCAUGCCUAGCCGACGGCUCCUCAGUAUCGUCGCACGUUUCAUUCGCGACACGACGCGGCCCUUCGACUAUCAUCCACUUAAUUUGCUUUCCCUUUCCGUCGUCUUCCUCUCGCUUCUUCCCGUUAAUGCGCCGGUGUUCAUUGGCCGCCAAGCGCUGUACGUUCCACUCGCACCUGUACGACACACGCGUUUCCGUGCGCCGGCCACGGGUUCACGCGGUCAGUGAUACACGUAUAACAGCACUCAGAGCUUCCUCCGGUCACGGGUGAUGUGUGCUUUUCUUUCGUACCACUGAGCGACCGGGAAACAAGAGGAAGUUCGGGGUGGCAAGAUUCAGAAGUGAUCGCGUCUGUGCUCUCAUCGGCCCGUCCACAAUCAUGUACAAGAUCCUGUCAGUGAUGGCUUACUUUGAAAUACUCAUAUUUCUGUGUUCGGUGAUUAGUUUCGUCCCCAGCUAUUGCAAAGCCGAGUCAGAAAAUAAUAAUAAAAAGGCGAGUUUGCCGAAAUUCUUAACCGAAUUGGAUUUGUCGAGCGUGGAGGUGUCUGCAGAAAGUGGCGAAUCGUUGAAAACAAUCGUGAAAAGACUAGCGCCGGAGAAGAAUGGCGAGUACCAAGUUUACCAAGUCUUCUUCGGCAACCCGGAUCUUCUCAAGGAAUGGCUCAAGGGAGCGGGCGUGACAGGGCAGCCCGGUGUCGACUUUCCAGCUCUCACAACGAUUCCCGCCACUUCGUUCAGCUGCCGCGGUCUGAAAGGUGGUUACUACGCGGAUCUGGAGACAAAUUGUCAAGUGUUCCAUAUUUGCGACAACGGCCGGAAGAUAUCUUUCCUCUGUCCAAAUGGCACCAUCUUCCAGCAAUCGCAACUGAUUUGCGAUUGGUGGUUCAAGGUGGACUGCAGCAAGUCUGCAGAGCUGUACGAGCAGAGCAGCGAGCAGUUGCUCGAGGAGGAACGUAAGCGAGCAGAAUCGAGGAAAUCAAAAUUCGAAUAUCAACAGUCGAUUGAGUCUGGUGGACAGCAGGACUACUACGACGUUCAGAAUCUCAGUUACGAUGGAAAACAAAAUGGCCGAAUAAAGACAUACGAGGAACCUCCCCUGGAGAAUCAGGUGCAAGAUAGAAUAAAGACGUCUAGAUUCUUUGAUGCUGGUAACAAUUUCAGCCAAGAGAAUAACCAAAGGGAUGGUACCCAAUUCCAUGGGAACAAUGGCAUUCAAAAUGGCCAGAUCCCCAGCACGAAGGCCCCAUUGAGCCAUUUUACUAGAAACACCGAAGAAGGGAACGUGAACAAAUACUCAACGACAAGUCAAGAUUUCUACAGCACUCCCAAAAAAGUGCAGAAUUAUCACAUUGCCCAUCGCAACUCGAAUAAUCAAGAGAAAGGAGUACUGAAGAGACUAAAAUUCAAGAGUCACGCUAGGAACAAUUCCACUUCGACAGUUUCUCAGAGAGUCACUCCGUCUUACACAGAAUCGACCACGUUCAGAGCCAGCAGUACAACUCCCGUAAAAGAGUCUCAACAAUUCGCGGAAAGCGCAGCUUUCGUUAGUAAUCGUGGAAAUCGGUUUGUCGAGAAUAAUGGAAACUCGCAUCAAUAUUAUUAUCAAUUGUACAUUAACCGUGAAACUACUACUAGAAGUGCCGAAUUUGAGUCAACCACAGCUACAACAGAAAGAGAGGACAUAUCCACUCAAAGGAAUGACUUCUCGUUCACAGAUGCUACAUCGACCCCUUACUAUGAAACAACGACGCCAUACUUUACGACUACUACUGUUUCACCCCCAUGCAAUGACGAAGCUACCACUGAAAACGUCGCAACUGAUAUUCCAGCUACUACAGAGUCCCUUCAGUUCGCCAACAGUAACUACAAUUACGGAAGCUACAAUUACAGGAAAUCGGAAUCUAGGAGCACUUUCUCAGAUCCUAAUUAUUACAACAACAGAAACACAAAUGGCGCGACUGUUCCGUCAACGACUCAGAUUCAAUCCUUUACAGAUAGCUACCGUCAGAAUACUGUAACGCCCGAUUCUAAUCAGCAUAGGUUCACUACAGGCAAUUUCCCAUCCCCAGCUACUGCGUCUGUUCGUUUCAACAAUUUUGGACACGGCACCGAGAGUCCGACGACACGCAUUCCUUACGACAACCAAUACAGCAGAUCGUUCAGCAAGAACCCAUCCACAGCUUCACCAGGCUAUCGACAGAACUUCAUCAGUUCAACCACUGAGAAACCGUACAGAACAACAGCAACUUAUCAACAGAAUACCGUUACUGAGAAGGAUUUAAGUCCUUACGACAGAAGCUUCACAUAUAAGCAAGGAAAGGUGAUGUCCACUUUGGGCCCUUACGUGCCUUUUACUAGGAACUACGCCACCUCCAGCACGUCCACGCCAAGACCCACCCCUUAUACACCUACGGUACCCACUCCAGCAAAGACUUUGAUACCCAAGCUGAAGUACCCUGCCCCGACUGCAUUGAGCAAACUCAAAUCAAGUCGCUUCACUGAAAGAGAACACGCGCUGAAUAUGCUACACUCUUUGAGGAAUCUAGAGAACAAUGUUCCUAACCUGACCGAUCCACUUAGAGGAGACAGAAGUUCUAACAUAUCUGCGCCUCCAGCUCCAUCCACUUUACACUCGCUGGCUUUAUAUUUCUCCACGGCUACCGAGAACUUUGACUCCAAGGAGACUACUGAUUCUUCGAUAAGCGGUGAGUCUGAAGAAGAUACCACGAGAAUCGUUUCAAAAAAAAGCAACGGGACUGUCCACGUGCCUACUAACCUUCUAACACAACAUACUAUUGACUCCUAUUCUGAUUUGUUUAAAUUAAACGACGGAAUUGAGAACAAUAACGUGACCACGGAUGAUCGUUUCGAUAAGGAGAACUACGGCGAUGAUUAUAAUGAGGAUCUAGAGUUGCAGCAGAGUGGAGGAUCUUUGGAUAAUCUUAGGAGAUCGAAUAGUACCAGACUAAGGGAAAUUGCUCAGGUAUUCACGCAUGCUUUGUCUGCGUAUCUUCUUGAUCCGGACACUUUCAAGAAGGUACUCACUGAGAUCAGACCAACGGAACCACCGAGGACGACGCUGGACUUUGAUCUGUGGAAGACAACGACGGAAUAUUCGGUAAUACCGGAUUACACCUCUUCUAACAGAGAAAAGGACGAGGUUCUAGAUUUCUCGGAUGAUGGCAACGACAUCAGACAAAAGCUGACUACAAUGUACCCGACUACCUUCGAUCCACCUACUACGGUACCAGAAUCUGCUUACGACAUCCUCAGCACUGUGCCAAGUACUUAUUACACUACCCCAAGGGCAGGCAAUUCGGAAACUUACGAACCAAGCACUAACUUCGCAACCAAUUCUGUGACGAGUAACUAUUACGAGACCACUGUUGCUACAACUGAGGAUACUGCACCCACGGAACAAGGUAGCACAUCGUACACAAGAGAUUCGAGUGCUUUCUACGAUGAGAACAUCGAGGUAGAUAGAAACAAUGGUAAAACACAGGCGGUAGAUAAUCAGGUGCCUACAGAUGAGGCUGGAACACAGAAUCGAGUCGGUGGUUUUCAGAAUAACAGUGUGAAUAUAGUCACCGAGCCUUAUAAGGAAGAAAGAUUAUUUGCUACAACGCCUAUAAGCGAAAAUUUAGUGAUUUCACCAAGCCCUUCGCCACCAUCUUUAUUAACGCAUACGAUCAGUCAUAAUUGGAGCAAGAAACCAACCAGCAAGAAGCCGGAACAGCAACUGACACCUCCCUUUUAUGAGAGUUAUGCGGAGACGAUUCGAAAGGAGAACGAAAGAGCAGCUCUGAAUCCUGAGAGCUAUUCCAGCACACCGAUGUCCAUUCAAAGUGUUCGUUCUACGACUCCCAGCUACCCGACUGGUUACCAAACUCCCGUGGAUCAUACUUUCAGAUCCAAUUAUCAAAGAUCAGAGCAAGGACUUCCUUUCCCCACGUCACGCACCAGUUACAUGAAAUUCAGGACUGUGUACAACAACAUCGAAGCAUCGGAGAGACCAACGACGCCUAGAUCAACGACAGAACUGACGACUCCAAUAACUACUGUAGAGACUACACCUUGUUCGCAUACGGAAACGACUGAGUCGUUCGAGUCUACUAAGUCAAAGGAGAAACACAAUGUUCUGACUAAUGAUCAUUGGACUUCUUCCCCAGCAGUUACUCAUCUUUGGGAGACCUCUGUCUUUGUGGACCCUCAGCGCAUCAAUCAAGGCCUCGAGUCAGACGUCAGCACAACGGUGUCUUCAAUUAUAGAUACUAUAACAGGAAGUCAGGAAAGUUCGGAAUAUGAAAACACACCUUCCCUAGGCGAUGAUUCAUUAAGUAGCACCGAGGAAUCUAGCAACGAAUCAGAGUUACCACCUGCGCCGCAGAGACUGUCGAGAAACAAAGACAGCCCCACAAGCUUCUCGUUGCUACCCACAUCUCCAGCUGCCGAGGACACAGUGACACCAAAACCUCUGAUCACCACGAGGUCUAGUAUCACUACUACCAUAACAUCCUCUGUCACGUCUACUAAUACUCUGCCUCAAGAGACCCUGGUCACCUCCUUGCUACCAUACACCGUGGUACCAAACUUGAACACCACUGAAAACGAGAUCGCGGAGAAUCUUUUCGGUAAACUGAAUGCUACCAGCAGCAAUACCUUGAUGAGGGUCAUGAAGCAGGCGGAUAACAAUGAAACCGUCAGGCAGUUGGUCCUGUUGCUUGUCCGUCAUUGCAACGAUCCAGUGAACAAGACUAUGCAAAAGGAGAAAGAGGAACUACUGAACGCGUUACUCAGAUUGCCCGUGAACGAGUUCGCUGCUGAGGAGUCUAGGAAUAUUGUGGCAGGGAUCAAUCAGCUGAGCGUGUCUCCUAAAGCGGCUACCAGGCCUAGGAGUGCUACUACCAGUCUCAAGAUUGCUACCACUGAGUCUAAGAGUUCUACCGCUAGUCCGUUGGUCACUGAACCGAUAGUGACCACGUACAGAAGUAGAAAGAGCCGGAGAUUUAGGACCACCACCGAGAAUUCUGCUAACCCGAUUAGACGAUCGGAGAAGGUGCCGACCUCGGAAGCCAUUAAUUCGCUGCAAGAGGACCAGACUUCCGCGUCUGACGGUAGAGCGCUGGAACUUCUCAGAUCCCUCUACACGAUAGCCACGAAAUGGGGGUGAGAUUGCAGGGCUCGAACAGGAAAUUAGGGGAACGUUUCGUGUCGACGGGCUUUGGAAAUGAAUCCCUUCAGAUGUGUCUUUCUGGACGGAGAACAUUCUUUUCAAGUAGAUCCUUAGACAGAUCUGGACAUUGUUUGAACACCUUCAUUUAGAUGAUUUAUCGAAUAUUGAAUUAUUUGAAUGUAAUAACCAAUAGUACUAUAGUAUUGCCGAUGGUGAAUGGGGUAGGGUUUAGCAUUAUUGUUGAUGUUAUGUUACUAUAAAUUUAUUUUUAACGAGUUGUGAGUUCAACUUAUUAAACGAUAGGUAUUUUUGUGUUUAAAUUAUUUUGUUGCUUAAACUUUGAUAACAUAAGGUUCUGUUUUAAUUUUGAAUUGAUUACCAACCUUGGGCAAUAAGUUUGUAUAAUCAAUCCCGCAGUAUGGUCGGAGGAACAUAAAUCAUAAAUUAUUAGGAAUAAUUCACUGUUCGAAAUAUCACUCUUUAUGUUGUGGUUCAAUUGUCCAGGUCUGUUCUCGUACAAUUCGACUGUCAAUGUGAACACUUCUUUUCAUUAAUUCUUUCAUGUUUUUUUCUAACUACAUUCCACUUUUUAACUAAUGACUACCGUGUUUGAAUACCUUCAUUAUUCGUUGCAGCUGCAUCGAUAAAACUCGUACUUUUUCAAAUUUAUUACCAUGCAAUUUUGAAAUUUAGGUUUAUCGAGUUGAGGCGUUAGCGAACUUUAUUGAACGAUUCCCAAUUAAUUUCAAUUGGUGCAACCGAUACCGCAGGACGCAUUCGUUUCUAAUUAAAAUUGGAAACAGUAAAUUCUUUCUAAAUUCCAUUAUUCGAUCGAAUCAAAAUUUUCACCAAACAAUAUGUAAUAUUCAAAUUUACUUACAAGAAUAUAAAUCAAUCAAGCAUUGAGUUUCUCAGUUAAACAUUCAUCAACAGAAAAAUAAAAUAAAAUCUCAGUUUACCUUUGUAUGUAUGUAAUGUAUUUACUCGAUUGACCAUAAAUUUUCUAUUUAUUCUUCGAGGUGAACGCGUCAGAAAAUGAAAUUUCUUGGAAUUCAUUCGCUAGAUUCUACGUCGUUUAUGCUUGCAACUGCACCUGAUCGUAACAGUAUUACCUUGCAUUACGUACAAAUAUGUAUGCUGUAUUAUAAUCGUUGUACAUCCUCUGUUGAAUAAAUAAGGAUUCCCGAUGUGUAGAAUUAAUAAUAAUCUGCCUCCACAUGGUACGCGAACAAAUGGUCCGUGGUCUGCGACUACUUCAC